UUUCAUCACUUCGGCAUAGCAUGCAGAGGGACCCGUUCCAGAUCUACAACAGCACCGGCCCGGACGCAAGGAUGAUCCUACAACAGAUGGCGGAAGUGUGAGAGAACAAGUAAUGGCUUCCACAGGGGUCGGCCACAGCAUUCAGGGGGACGACAACCUCCAGUCCAUGCUUGUGGGAACGGUGAUGAGGAAAGUCAAGUCUCGUACCUGGAAGAAGCAGCGCUACUUCAAACUGCAAGAUGACUAUAUGACCAUCUGGUAUAAGUCCAAGAAGGCUGGUAACACCCACUCCACAUUUUCAGUUAGUGAUUUGGAGGCAAUACGAGAUGGACACCAGUCCGAGGUGCUGCUCAGCAUUGCGGAUGAGUUCCCGGCUGACCGCUGCUUCACUCUGGUUUUCCGUGGUCGCAGGGGAAACCUGGACCUGGUGGCCGAGUCAGCCGAGGAAGCACAGUCCUGGAUCAAAGGCAUGAGGAUGCUGAUCGAGAACUUGGAGAACAUGGGGGAGCGGGAGAAACUGGAUCAAUGGAUUGGUGACUGGUUCAGGAAGGCAGACAAGAAUAAUGAUGGCAGGAUGAACUUCAAGGAAGUGCAAGAUUUACUGAAAAUGAUGAAUGUGGACAUGAACGAGCACCACGCUCAUCGUCUCUUCACAAUGGCUGAUAAGUCCCAAUCUGGUAUGCUGGAAGAUGAUGAGUUUGUGCUCUUCUACAAGAUGUUAACCCAGCGGGAGGAUGUACUGAGGGUUUUCCAGGGGUACUCAGUGGAUGGCCAGAAGUUGUUCCAAAGUGACUUGGAGGACUUCCUGAGAGAGGAGCAGCUGGACGGGAAUGACAUCCAGCAGCAUGCCAAGCAGCUUAUUGAGCGCUACGAGCCCUCUGACACAGCCAAGCUGCUGAAUGCCAUGACAUUUGACGGCUUCUUGAUGUACCUCGGCUCAGCUGAGGGCUCCAUCUUCAACCCACAGUGGCGGGGCGUCUUCCAGGACAUGAGCCAGCCGCUGUGCCAUUACUUCAUUUCCUCCUCCCACAACACCUAUCUAAUGGAAGACCAGCUCCGAGGUCAGAGCAGUGUGGAGGGAUACAUCAGGGCUCUGAGUCGUGGCUGUCGGUGUGUGGAAGUGGACUGCUGGGAUGGUGCCAAUGGAGAGCCCAUUGUCUAUCACGGACAUACUUUCACCUCAAAGAUACUCUUCAAGGAUGUGGUCAACGCAGUGGGAAACUAUGCCUUCAAGGUAUCAGAAUAUCCAGUCAUUCUGUCUAUCGAGAACCACUGCAGCGUUGAGCAACAGAGAGUCAUGGCCCAACACCUCAACCACAUUCUGGGAGACAAAUUGCUGAAAGGCACACUAGAGGGCAAGGCCCCCAUCAGGUUGCCGUCUCCUGAGGAUCUGAAGGGUAAAAUUCUCCUGAAGGCCAAGAAAAUUGGUGGUCUGGAGGAGAGUCUCAAUGGGAUGGUCGAGGACUCUCAGACUGGAGAGGUCAGUGAUGAAGACGAGGUGGCUGAAAUCAACGAAGAUAAUCUCCACCGUGAAAGCAUCUGUCGCAGAAUAAAGAGGUCCACCCAGCAUCUGUCUAAGGAGCUGUCGGACUGUGUUGUUUACUGCAAAAGCGUCCAGUUCAGUAACUUCAAACACUCCCGCAUCCACUCCAAGUUCUAUGAGGUGGCUUCCUUCACAGAGUCCAAGGCCCGCAAGCACCUGAGAGAGGCUGGGACCGAGUUUGUCCACCAUAACUCACGGCAGCUGACCAGGGUUUACCCCAGUGGACUCCGAACAGACUCCUCCAAUUUCAAUCCCCAGGAAAUGUGGAAUGUUGGCUGCCAAAUUGUUGCGUUAAACUUUCAGACAGCUGGGGAGGGAAUGGAUCUGAACGACGGACUGUUUGGUCAGAAUGGGAGCUGUGGCUAUGUGCUAAAGCCCAGCUUCAUGAGAGAGAUCCAGGGUGGAUUUGACCCUGAAACACCCCAACAAAGGGAUUGCUACCAACCUGCGGUCCUCACCAUACAGGUGAUCAGUGGUCAGCAGCUGCCCAAAGUCAACAUUAAAGAGGAUUCAAUUGUGGAUCCUCUGGUCAGGGUCGAGAUCCAUGGUGUUCCUAUGGACCAGGCCAAGCAGGAGACCAGAUACAUCGAGAACAAUGGAUUCAACCCUGUGUGGUACGACACUCUGCGCUUCACCAUCCACACUCCUGAGCUGGCCAUGGUUCGAUUUGUGGUGGAAGACUAUGACAAGACAUCUAAGAACGAUUUUGUGGGCCAGUAUACGCUCCCCCUAAGCUGCAUGCAGCAAGGUUAUCGGCACAUUCACCUGUUUUCCAAAGACGGAACCAGAAUUCCUCCUUCCUCCCUAUUUGUGCACGUCAGGAUCACACAACUGGAGUAAUCUCUCUUGGUUGGGCAUUGGAAAGAACAUCCUGAGCACAUGUUAUUCAAUUCUCAGAGUAAUCUCAUUCCUUCUGAUUGAAAAAUACUAAUAGCUCCUUGAUAACUAUUUCAUUCUUAUUUGAUGUGAAUACAUAAUAUGCCAAAUGUUGUAGAGAUCCUGUGGCAGCAGAUGGAUAUGAAUUAUGCAUGUUUUUUUGUUUUGCUCACUUUAGUGUGCGUAAUUUCUUGCUGCUCAUAUUUGGUGUGCUAGUAUUUGUUUCUGAUGGAUUAUUCUGAAGAAGAACGUGCCACCAAUGUUUUUGGUCCAGGAUGUAUAUUUCCUGUCAGUAUUUACUUUUUAAUGAACAUUUCAUCAGCUCGUUUUGGAACCCUAAAAAAGAAAAUCGCAAGCAAGUGGAAUUCACACUCCGUUUCUACAACCUCUGGUGAAAUCAAAAAGAAGCUAGACCAAAGGGACGUCCAAACCCUGGGGCGACAAAUCAUUUUAAAUCUAGUUUCAGACAUAUUUCAGAAUGAGACAACAAGCACAGGGGCAAGCAGCUCAGCGUUGUCAUAUAGUGAGAAAGGGGCUAUGGCCACAUGGUGAUGUUGUAAUUGAGGGAUUCACAUGUGCCUGUCAAUGAGACAUGUGACAAAGAUAAAUUAUCUUGGGUACUUGGUUGAUAUGAAAAACUUUUUAGAAAUGCUAAUAAAUCAGUCUGGCUAUAGAACAUUUAAAACAAACAAAAACAAAUGUAAUUUACCAAAUUCCAAAAACCGAAUGCAUUCUGAAUAUCUGUCCAUUAUUAAGGACUCUUAUGAUUAGUUUUCGGAUGUGUGUGUUAUUUCAGUCCCCUCCCUUCCACAGCAUUUUGCUGUAUGCUGAUCAUCUCCAGUGGAGCUACUGGAAGCCAAUGGCGCCUCCCAGUGUCCACAGUGACAUCCUGUGGCUGUUUUCCUGCUCUUUCCAUUAAGACCGGACUCUUCUGCAUGUUGUUCCUUUGUAAAAGGAUGCAGUGACUGUAGUUUAGCUCUCUGGACUAAAGAAAUACAUGCUGAACUCUUGUGUAAUCUGAUGUUAUUUCAUGGAAUGUAGGUAUAUUACCUGUUCGUACCUGUGUAUAUGUGUUUUGAUAUGUCUAUUUUUGUAUUCUUGGAAAAUGUUGUAUGUACUGUACAGCAUAGCACAUUGUAGUGUUCAUUUGUUGUUGUUUUUGUAGAACCCUUGUAUUAAUUUGCCAUUUUACCUGCAAAUAAAUAUGAUUUUCAUUUUAAGCUACUGAUGCAACUAUUUCAUCCUACUUACUACAUAUACCUCACCUUGUGUGUUUAGCUGGUGCACUUUAUUUUUAUUUCUAAUUUUAUCUUAUCUCCUCUUACUCACUAACCCAUAGCCUUAGCUUUAGCGUACUAACCCAUAGCAUAUAUUUUAUUAUACUUUUAUUUUAUUUUUAUCUUAUUGCUGCACUAUGUUGUCAUUAUUGUACUGUCUUCCGUCAUGCACCAACCGCCAAGACAAUUUCCAUGUAUGUCCAACAUAUUAUGGCAAUAAACGUUUCCUAAU